UUUCCUUUUCUACUAUAUAUGGCCUUGCCUUUUCUCGCUUUUCCCUUCACGAGUUCCGUGCAUGUGCAUAAGUGUCUUUCCCACAGUCCAAGCUCGUUGGCGCUUAUCUCCCACCCUACUGCACCUUAUAAGUGUUUCCCACGCUAAAUGCUCCAUAAAUGUAUCAUUAAGUAAUCUUUAAAAAUACGUUGUCACUAAGUUCAUUACGUCACUGUCCUAGCGUUAAGUUGUCUGGCCAUCAAAGUGCAAACACAACCUUACAUAAAAAUGAAGAGCAUGUGUAAGCGAAUUAAUAUUUGUAGGUAUGAUUAUCUUUGCAUUACUAUCUUCGCCCUGGUGAACAUUGGCCACUCUGCGGAGGAUCCAAACAUCACAGUUUCAACAAAUGGAUCAUCACUUCUACAAACCACUGAAGAGCCUGAACAUUCGCACUCACUUCUCGAAGAAGAAAUGCAUGCUUUGAAAUGUGCCCAAAGUUCUCUCGUUGGUCCAGACUACAAUAAAAUAUUCCAGCCACUGCCAACUGAUAGUAUAGAGGCUUCUUCGCCUGACAAGCACGCAGAGCCUAUCAUUAUUCGGAUAAUCGUGGACAUACUUCGGGUCAUGGAUGUCAACGAACAUGAAGAAGUCAUCGUGCUAUUACUAACUCUGAAGCAGUUUUGGACAGACACCAGACUAAAACCACCGCCCGAGUUCACUGACGAUUGUCCCAACUUGAACAAGCUAAGCAACGGUCCAGUGCGCUAUCUACCGGAAGAGGCUACCAAGGCAAUCUGGUUUCCUGACGUAUAUUUGAAUCGAGUAGAAGAACUGCACAUUUCAAAGGUACUGGUAAACUCUGACGCUCUUCGCAUCGAUCAGUUCGGUAACGUCAGCUACACGAUGUUCGGGAAAUUCAAGCUAUCUUGCGAGAUGAACUUCAGAAACUUCCCAUUGGACGUUCAAUAUUGUCCCAUGUAUGUGGAGAGUUGGCGUAUCCGAACCACCGAACAGGACCUAAUAUGGGAUCCAGACAACCCAAUCGGCCUGCUGAGUGAUUACAAAAUCGACCAGUUUUCACUGCACGUCGUCGUCCUUAAGAUCAACAAGGUCAAGUAUGACACAGGAUCCUUUGCCCGCAUCGGCUUCAUGCUGGUAUUCAGCCGCAAGCUGCCGUUCUACCUGCUGCAGAUCUACUUCCCCACGGUGCUGUUCGUCAUCAUCUCGUGGCUGACGUUUUUCAUCCCUCCCCCGUACGCCCAGGGUCGGAUCAUCCUUACCAUCACCACGCUGCUGGCACUCACCGCGCUGAACUCAAUCAUCAGCAAACACUCGCCGUCCGCCUCGUACCUGCGCGGCAUCGACGUCUGGAUGCAGGGCUGCUUCCUGUUUGUGUUUGUGGCCAUUGUCGACUGCCUGGUGGACAUCCGGCUGCUGUUUGUCGUUUCACAGUCGUACAAACAGGAGAACCCCAGCUUCCUGUUGCCCGUGUCGGUGGCGCUCGUCGAGAACCGAGAGGUGUUCGAUGACCUGUUCGGCGCCGAGGGAGACACCGACGCCGACGACGGGCCCGACGCCACGCCCUCCGUCUACUGCGACGCGCCCGAGCCGGGCCCGUCGAUGGCCGAUGUACCGGUGCAGGGUGACCUGGUCAGCAAGCGCGUGUCGUUCGCCGAGCCGUCGGCUCCUGCCACGCGCGCCCUGGUGAGCCCGCAGCAGCUGCGCGCCGCCGAGUCCGGCCCGCUGCAGGUACCGCCCGCGCCCGGCGGCGACGUCUCCGAGAGACUCGAGCAGCGAGCCAUCAAGUUCGAGAAGGUGUCCAUCGUCGUGUACCCCAUCAUGUUCGUGUUGUUUAAUAUGUGUUACUGGAGCUACUAUCUGAACGCGUCGAAGCCACCGACCGGCGUGACCCACGAGAUUACGGGCGGGUUCAUACCGGAGCCAAAGGUGAUGCACGACUUCAGCUCGACAUGAUUGGUGAUAUGAGACACUCGGGUCUGAGCAGCACGCCGCCACGCCGUGCUAACACAGCGCACUGUACCAAAUGCGGCUCAAUUUACCAUAUACUAACGGCCUUUCAGGCGGUAAGAUAGGUCUAGAAAUACAGAAUGGACAUCCUUCCCUUAGGAAUGUUUUAUCCCUACGAUGAUUAGUCUUCCCUGAUUGUGUUUGAACCCAUCAUUGUCGUGGUAUGUAAGACGUUCGUCACUAUGUUCCGCCAUGUUUGUAUUUAUGAAAUAUAUUUCACUCGAAAGCCUUCCA